AUUGGUGACGUCAGAAGGGUUUCCUCAUUUAUGGCACUUACAAUUUUGCACAGGAUCUUUUGUCUUUUUCCUAAUUUACACUCACUUACAAGUCCGUUUUUGUUCUGAUGUUUGGACAAAAUAUACAUUAGUAGUUAAAGGUGACAUACUAUCAAAAUUUGCACUCUUGCAAAGUCCGAAUUUUGUUUGAGCAGGGUGGUUAUCUUCCUCCUGACAAUCAUCCAUCAGAUUUUUCCUACUCCGCCUGUGCUUUGUUGUACAUAAUAUACAGUGGUACACUCAAAUGCGCAAAGAAAAAAGGCUAAGUUAUAAUGGCAACCAUCACAACUAAUGGAAUAGAGGAAUUACAUGAUGAGUCUCUCCUCUAUCGGCGAGUGCAUCGAAGCCAACCAGAGGAUGAGGUAUCCACUGAAGGGUCAGAGGAAGAAGAAGAAGAAAAGGAGAAAGAAGAAUAUCGACCAUUCCUUUACAAUAAGAGAGUCUUUGUUGCAUUCUUACCUUGCUUUCUAUUCAUUUUCUCACUAACGGGGGAAACGUUUCUCUAUAUCCUAGCUACUGGAUCAUUUAUUGUUCACCUUUUGGACAACCACGAGAAUAAGCAAUGGGCCAUAAUGGCGACUAUCAUCACAUUCUUUUCGUGUCAAGCACUUGUUAUCUAUUCUGUAUUGCCUCUUCUGUGGAAUUCUCUCUUCAACAUUUUUCUUAUUAUGUUUACCAAUUUGUAUUCCGUCCUGAGUGGUGGCUGGGUCCUCCUCCAGUUCGAGCUCUUCACAAUAAAAGAUAUUGCAUUUGCACAGGUGAUCGAGAUGAUGUUGUUUUCUAUCUACCCAUGUUCCUGCACUGCCCUCAUGACAUGGAUGAUGACUAUAUUAACAAGCAUACAACUUGCACCAUAUUUCUUUGCAAUUAUUGGGUUUGUGUUGUUCCAGUUGUUCCUAUCGACAGCGCCAUCUUCAUUUCAAUCUGGACUCAUACACGACAAGGAAGACGUCUACAUCCUCGAGCCAAACUUUGUGGGAUUGCUUGCGACAAUUUAUCUCAUCUCGCCAUCGAUUAUUUAUGUGAUCUGCAACAUGUGGUUGCACUUCUGGGGAGUGUGUUCAAUCGAUUGCCUGGUGAAUCUCAUGUUCAUCAGUUCGAUAUCAGUGUUCUUGACAACUUAUCUCAACACCAAGGUAUUCUUAGAGCAUUCAGGUUAUACCUCCCGACCAAUUAUUUUAGCAAGGUGGAUAUCUAGUCUGUCUGGUUUGUUGUGUUUCACGUAUAUCAUCGGCAAGGCACCUAUCAAUUCUGAUCUCUUGUUUUGGAUACCGAUGUGCGUUGGACUCCAUGCUGCAGUCGGAAUGACACUGACUGUCAAGCAUGCAAAGAGAUUGUUCCUACCAUUCAUCUUCACCCUCGCUGUGUUCUAUGUCUACUUGUUGACCCUACUGCCAUGGAAUUUACAAUUCACGUUACAACAUGUCAGUAUUCAUGUACAGUCUGUUUACAUGUUGCUGUUCAUCAAUGUGUUCCUGUGUCUGAUGUGUAUGGUCACAUCCAUUGAUUCAUCAAGACGUGAUCUCUUCAACACCUUGUCUGUUACCAGUUCAUUCUUUUUCCUAGUGUGCGAGUUCACCCUGCAUAGUAACAAGUUGUACUUGUCCAUUCUGAUGCCCAUCACUUCUGCCCUCAUUUCAUACUUUUCACUCAGAAUGCAUUAUGUAGCGAAGCUGAACCCCAAUCCGGCUUUUGCGAUUCUGGCUAUGCACAUUGCCAAACUGCUUGUGCUGUUCCAGAGUUCUUACAGCCUGAAAACCAAUGUGACAUUGUUGUUCUGGGGGUAUUCGGCUGUUGUGGCAUUCCUGUUGGUCUUUGUUGCCGUGAAGUUUAUCAUUCAUGUCGAAAUGGACUCGCUUGCUGAAAAUACGCUUUAUUUCUACACUGGUGGACUUGGUUUCUUGAUGUUACUAAACGGGCCUAGUUUACUCAGCAGCAUUGUUGAGCUUCUGGUGCAGGAUGUGGCAUCUUAUUCUGAGAUUUUAGUGUUGCAUUUCUUCUUCUGGGGGAUACUCUGUCUGAAGGUGACCCUGACAAGGACCAUUCCCACACAGCUUCUGAGACACGUGUCACCAGCAUUGAUAUGCUGUGCAUCUCUUAUGUUGAUAUUGCGACCACAACUACAGUUUUCACUUAUUUCACUGCUUGAUUGGUGGCUUGUCAUGAGUGUGCUGGCCUCAAUAGUCGUGCUAUGUGGGAAUGUGCCACUGAAGACAGAUAGACAGAUUCUGCUCCCGUCUAUAUUUAUUGGUGCUCCUUGUGGAUUGAAAGCAGAAGCAGUGCUGUGGUCAGAUUGGUCUGUAGACUUCGUGCGAAUCUGGGGCAGCGCUGUAGCAGGAACGUGUCUCGCUUAUCUUGCUUUUAAUCUCAAAUGUCUGUCAUCGAAGGAAGUGGAAAAGAAAAUUGUCAAGAUAUGUGUGGUUCUCAUCCUGAGUUCAGUAUUGUUAGUCAUACCAGACCUUCUCGUCAUGACUUCCAUUGGCCAGCUGCCCUCGUCACCAUCUUUGAGAUUCCUCGUCUUUAGUUGUCUGUUGCCAGCAUUGCUGUUGAAACUAUAUUCUAUGUCGGAUAAGGUGUUGGACCUGGGAAAAGAGGAACGUGCCAUAUCAAAGCUGCCGAUUGUCGGAAAUCUUUUCACCUAUCAUACAUUUGUAGUUCUUUGUUUGGUGUGCCCAAUUCAAAGUUGGGAUUUUUGGAUGUGUUGUUCCUCUCUUGUGUUUUUCCUCCUACAAAAAGACCCCUACAUCCUACGGAAUCUCACUCGCCAGAACCAAGCUACGCCGACCGUUAGCACGUCGGGCCUCGUCCUCAUGAUGUCUACGUUGAUAAGAAAUCACAUCUGGACCGAAAAAUGGAUUAUAAAAAUCUUGCAAGGACUUUUGGAAUUAAUCGUAAUUGCAAUAACUGUGCCAAAUUAUGUUCAAUUAUUUGCAAUACUUUGGACGGGAAAAAUCCCUCUCUGGGACCGUUAUGUCGUAUUUCUUGCGCCGUGGAAUCUAUUUCUGUUAUAUGGGUGUUCGUAUCAGAGUUGGGCGUUGGGUAUAUUUGGCUUGUUAUCGGCAGCAUGGAUGAUGAUUUAUAAGCUGCCGCUGCAGGUUGAUCACCCGCGAGUUUGGAGGUGAGUCAGGAAAUUGGGGAGGUUAUCAUUUUUAACUUGAGAUUAAGUGGGUUCACCGCUUGGACAAGAAGUCCCAUUUCUGCACACCAUCACAGUAUCUUAGGUACACUAAUGUACAUACAUGUAUCCAUGUAAUGAUGUAUUAGACAUAUUGUGUUGUCUGUUAUGGGAUCAAAUGCAUUGAUGUUUGUCUUGUUAUCAAAUACACAGGCGGUAAGCAUGGUGGCAAAGUGGCAGAGCGUCUAACUUGUGAUCAGAAAGGUCAUGGGUUCAAGGCUUGGCCAGUGCCACUCAGUACUUUCAACUGGCCUGAAAUGGGCACUUUUAGCUUGUUAAUGUUAUUAACAUUCUUUUCACAUUGUUUAGGAAACAUCCUCCUUAAAGACUUUUUUGCAUUUUAUUUUAUGUUGUACAAUUAAAUCUUAUUUGAACAUUUCAAUAAAACGCCA